AUGACGACACUCGGCAGUGUCAAGCAAAAGAGCGAUGGCGAACGCAUAGGGACUAUAGAAAACUCGUACAGCAAUGACCACACCGAAAACCCGCCUGUGAUGUCGACGAAGUUGGGCUCAAACAAUGCGAACCCCGAUUUGGGGAAGGUCGUGGAACCUCCUAGCACUGGUAGCAUCCACGAUAACAGCAACAAUGCGAAGCCGUCAGGGUUUUCGAAGUCAGCCUUAGGGAUGCUCAAUUGGAUGCCCAAAAGAUGCCAAUAUGAUGCCGAGAAUCCUCCCGUUUUCACACUGCCCAUGAACAUGCUGAUGGGUCUGGCUGGGACUUUUACCGUAGCAAACUUGUAUUAUCCGCAACCAAUUCUCAACAUCCUAGCUGAAGAGUUCCAUGUCAGUUUUGAGCGUGCCUCAUCCAUUGCGACCUUGUCCCAGGCAGGCUAUGCAGUAGGCCUGCUACUGCUUUGCCCAUUGGGAGAUAAAGUCCGGCGGAGGCCGUUUGUCUUGUCUUUGAUUUGGAUUACAGCCACUUUGUGGCUUGGAUUAUGUCUCACUUCAAGAUUCGAAGCCUUUAUCACCAUAUCUUUUCUUUGCGGUGUGGGGACUGUGACACCACAACUCAUGCUGCCUCUAGUGGGCGACCUAGCGCCUCCGCACAAGCGCGCAAGUUCUUUAUCUAUAGUUGUCUCAGGACUCGCUCUCGGCAUGUUGAUAGCGAGAGUGCUCUCAGGAAUUCUGGCAAAUUUUACCUCCUGGCGCAACAUCUACUGGUUUUCAUUCGGAGCUCAGUAUCUCAUCCUUAUAUUACUAUUCUUUACUCUCCCGGACUACCCUGCCAAAGACCCCGGCCUUCCAUACUUCAACCUCCUAUGGGACAUUGUUUCGAUGGUCGUUAAAGAGCCUUUGCUGUUACAGACAUGUCUUAUCGGAUAUCUACUCAGUGCUGCAUUUACCUCAUUUUGGACAACCUUGACCUUUCUCCUGGCUUCGCCUCCUUACCUAUAUUCUUCCCUGGAGAUUGGGUUCUUCGCGUUUAUCGGGAUAGCUGUGAUUACGCUAGGGCCUCUCUGGUCACGUCUCAUUACUGACCGCUUCAUGCCAUUGUUUUCUGUAGUCCUCGGUCUCUCAUUUGAAAUUAGUGGGAUCAUCGUCGGCACCUUUAUUGGAACCUGGACAGUAGCAGGCCCUAUUGUACAAGCAAUCAUGAUGGAUACGGGAGCAAACUUUGCUCACACUGCCAACCGGACCAAUGUAUAUAAUCACCUCUCUCCUAAAAAGAGAAAUCGAGUCAAUACGGCAUACAUGGUUUUCAGCUUUGCUGGACAACUGACUGGAACUGCCGUUGGUAAUCGGCUUUAUGCUCAGGGAGGAUGGAUCUGGAGUGGAAGUUGCAAUAUUGCAUUCAUUGGCUUUGCAAUAGUUCUCUGCUUCUUAAGGGGUCCCAGAGAGACAGGUUGGAUAGGGUGGCGAGGUGGCUGGAAUGUGCGAAGAAGUGAAGUAGUCGAAGCUGACAAGGUCAAUCCCAGCCAGCAGAAUGUCGUGGAUGAGGCCAACCCGAGAAUUCUAGAAGAUGGCCCCCGGUCACCUGAGACCAAGUCAUGA